CAGGAUGUACCGGAAAUGCUCCUCCGAUCUCCGAAACUCCGAAUGCUAGGACUUAGUUUAAAGGAAUCUUCUGAAGAGCAGAAGAAGAUGUCGAAGGCUCCGGAUUCUCACGUUCAGUCUCGGUCCAGAUCAAGGUCCAGGUCCAGGUCGUACUCCAGGUCUCACACCAGAAGCCGGUCCCGCUCAAGAUCCAGGAAACGUCGCUAUAGCUCCAGGUCUCGUUCCCGCUCUCGUUCCCACUCUCCCUACAGAAACUACCCAUCUCGGGACUACCAGAACAACAGAGGGGGCUACAGGGGCUACAACCGCGGCUACAGACGCCCGUUCCACUAUAGAGGCAGGAACCGUGGCUACUACCAGCGUGGUCAUUACCAGAACAGAGGGGGAGGUGGAGGAUACAACUACAAGUCCAACUGGCAGAGUGGUGGUGGUGGUGGUGGCGGCGGCGGCGGCGGCGGUGGAGGCGGUGGUGGGGCCUGGCACGAUCGUCACCAUGACCAAGAUCACCACAGCCCUCGAAGGGGGCGCUCACGCUCCCGCACACCCAAGAAGCGAUCAGGCAGCCGUAGCCGCUCUCGCUACUCUGACCAAUCAUCAUCAGGCAGAUCCCGGCGCUCCAGGCACUCAAGCAACUCCUCGCGGUCCAGAUCCUCAUCUCGCCGCCGUAAUACCAAAAGCAAACCAGGGGGCAAGGAAGUGAAAGACAAGCUGGUGGAGAACCAGGUGAAGAAGCAGAGUCCAGCAUCAGACGGUGCUGACAUCGAGAAGGCGUCAGGAGGGAAGUGGAUCGAGUUUGACAGGAGCCCCAAACCAACCAGUGACAAGAAAGACGACGCACCACCUGCUUCUGAGUCCAAAGGUCCUGGCAGCGGUGGAUCCAUGUGGAAAUCCAUCGGCAGCUCGUCACCUCCAGCCACGAGCCCCAAAAGUUCAGGACAGUCCUCCAGCUUUGGCUUUGGGUUCUUCUCAAAGGAAGAAGCUAAAGUUGGGGAUAAGACUGUGAUCUCUACAGCCUUCAAGAAAUUUUUGGCUGAUAACAAGAACAAAAAGCAGGCAUCUGAAAAUGAGAAUGAGCGUGAGCAAGAGCUGAGCGCCCCCGACAGGAGCCUGGAGAAACUGAACAAGAGUGAAAACCUUUUCAGCAUCUCGUCCUCUUCCUUCGAGUCCAAGGAGGAAAAAGUUCAGCCUUUCUUCGAGGCUGAAGAGGAGGAGUUCCUCAAGUCUCAUGGGCUGAAAGACCACAUGGACGAGGACCUGGAUGUCCAGCCGGCUCUGACGGCUCGGGACAUUUUCGGGAAGUGGGGCGACGAGCCGAGCUACUCCACGUCCUACCCAUCAAUCAAGGAGAAAAGCAGGAGAGAUAAUGAUGAACCUGAGCCUGCAGAUCAGCUGGGCGAGGAGUUGUACCACAGCCGCAAACACAAGAAAGAGGAGAAGGCCAAGAAGAAGGAGAAAAAGGAGAAGUCUCGGAUGUGUUUGUUUGUGAUUAGAUGAUGUUUGGAGCUGGAGUCUGAUAAACUGUUGAGAUGUGGUAGGAACAAGGAGAAGAGUUCAACAGUUCAGCCUGGACGUCUGUCAUCGACCAGGGAGGACUUUGAGCUGAAAAUGUCUUCCUUCGAUGACAUGCCAAGCUCCUUCCUGUCGAAAGAUCGCGUCGUGCCCCGGGAUCUGAACAUUCCCAAGAAAGAGUCCGAUUUUUACUCUGUGUUCCAGCAGAUUCAGGCAGCGCAGCUCCGCCGCAGCCCGUCUGAGCUCUUUGCUCAGCACUUAGUCUCCAUUGUGCAUUACAUCAAAGCACAACACUUCAAAUCCUCAGACAUGACUCUGAGUGAGCGGUUUGCCAUGUACCAAAGAAAAGCUGCAGAGGCAGAAUUGAUGAAGCCAAGGAAGAGUCCAGAAAUCCACAGGAGAAUCGAUGUUUCCCCCAGUGCCUUUAAGAGGCACUCUCACCUGUUUGAGGAUUUGGAGGAGACGAGCUACAAGGAUCCAAGUAAAAAGUUCAAAGGUGACGUCAUGGACCUCAGGCUGGAUAUAGAAAGACGCAAGAGAAUCGCAGGGAAAGAUCGAGACUUCAAACGUGAAGGAGCCAGGAGCCCCGGGGGCUCCCGAGGGCCGAGCAGAGAGAAGUCCUCUGAGAAAACUGGGAAACACCACAAAAAAUCCAAGAAGGGCAAGAAGAAACGGGAUCGCUCCCAAUCUUCCUCCUCCUCCUCCUCCUCUCCUUCCCCUCCUCCUCCACCUUUCAGAGGUAAAGAGUACAUGGGCGAGGGGAUGGAGCACUCAGAGGAGGGCUACGGCCAACCACGCUACCCUCCACGAGACUACGGCGGAGCCGGAGACCGUGGCCCGCGAGAUUAUGAGGGCCACAACCCAGAGAGAGGCAGAGGACGUGGAUUUUUCCCCAGAGUCAGAGGGAGAGGUUGGAACAGGGGAAAUUAUCAAGGCAACAAUAGCAAUGGAAACCCUGGCAAUGUAAAUGUCCCAGUGCGCCCCCCAGAGGAGGAGUGGGACCCUGAGUAUACUCCAAAGAGCAGGAAGUAUUACCUGCAUGACGACCGUGACGGAGAAAAAACCUGGUCCGAUAACCGCGGGCGAGGCAGGGGUGCUUUCCCUGCCCGCCGCGGACGCUUCGUGUACAGGAAGGGAGGCGGCAGCAGCCCCAAGUGGACCCACGACAUGUACCAGGGAGGAGAAGAGAUGGGAGACGACAGUGUGGAGCUGGACGAUUUCGGUGUGUCUUCGUAAGAAAGAAGGAAGUAACUGAGGGAGGAGAGGAGGACAAACUGAGAAUAUGACAAAGAAAAAGUGUCCGUGCCUUAGGAGGGAGAAAAUACUGUCAGUGUGUGUGUGUGUCUCUGAACUGUGUGUGUGUGUGUGAAGGUGCAGCCGUCGACGCUCCACGUCAGUGUCGAUCAGAGAACUGUUCACCUUUCAUCCUCUCUGUUUGUUCUCUGGUGUGAGUCCAGGAAAUGUUUCAUCCGUUCCACGGGACCAAUCAGUGGUGGACGACGGACUCUGACUCACCUACAGGCCAUCAUCAGUGGUGCCUUCAGUUGAGCACCGUUAACGUGUUACACGUCAUGCUCUAAAGAAAUACAGAAUGCUCAUUUUCACUUGUGACAUCGUACACCUCUGGUUAAAGCUGCGACAAAACAGUUUUGAACAAAAGCACAGGAAUCGUUGGAUAUUGAACUUUAUUUUUAAUGAAAAUUAAUUUAAUUUACAGUCACACGAUGGCUUCAAAUCUCCACUGAACUUCAUCAAACACAGCAAAUUUACCUCGCUGCACAACUCGUGGGCCGCCGCCCCACACUUUGGGAACCACUGUUGCGUCACACAUAUUUGCUUUUCAAAUUUAAGUGACAUACAAAGAUAACCACAGGAGCGCAGCGCCCUCUAAAGACCACUGACAUGUCUUUGUCCCCUUCACAGCAGUGUAUUGAUCUGCAACUGGUCGAACGUGUCCUGGUUUAUUUGUUAGGUUAAGCAAAC